UUUUCCUGAAUUGAGGGAAUACACGAACGUAGAUCAAGCAGGGAGUUUAGACCUAUAUCCACAAGGCACUUGUAUACAGGAAUUAAAAGGAUACCAUUCAAAUGAGGAUGCAGUGCCCAAAAGGUGUUGAGGUUGUUGGUGAAUURAAGAAUGAAUACCUAAAAAUCCUAACAUACGAUGCCUUGGAGUUUCUGGCUGACCUUCAUCGUAGGUUCAACUAUACCAGAAAACAAGUUCUUAAGAAAAGAAUGCAAAUCCAGAGAGAUAUUAAUGCUGGAAAGAAAAUCACUUAUCCUGAUGGCAACCAUGAUAACAACGACUGGAAGGUUGCACCAGUUCCUCAUGAUCUUCAAUUGCGCCAUGUUGAGAUUACUGGGCCAACUGACUGCAAGAUGGUCAUAAAUGCACUGAACAGUGGUGCUGAUGUAUUCAUGGCAGACUUUGAAGACUCRUUGUCACCAUCAUGGAAGAAUAUCAUGGAGGGUCAGCUUAAUCUCCUUGCUGCUAAUAGUAAAAACAUUGUCUUCACUAAUCCUGAUGGUUCAGUUCGCAAGCUUAAAGACAAAGUGGCCACAUUGAUUGUAAGGACGAGAGGAUGGCAUCUGGAGGAACGUCAUAUUAUGUGUGAUGGCGAAGCAAUGGCUGGUGCUUUAGUGGACUUUGGUCUYUACUUUUUCCACAAUUUGCAAGUGCGACUCAAUCAAGGAACUGCUCCAUAUUUCUACUUGCCRAAGAUGGAGACACAUUUGGAAACACGCYUGUGGAAUGAUGUAUUCCGGGCRGCUCAAGACUAUCUUCAAGUUCCACAAGGUACAAUCCGUGCGACAGUCAUGAUAGAAACACUGUUGGCUGCUGUUAACAUGGAAGAAAUGCUUUAUGAGAUACGGGAUCAUUGUUGUGGUUUAAAUGCUGGUCGUUGGGAUUAUAUCUUCAGUAUAAUCAAGAGGUUUCAGAUAAAACAAGAUGCUAUUUUCCCUGAUAGAAAGCAGGUUACCAUGACUGUACCAUUUAUGCGCGCAUACACAGAGCGUCUUGUAAGGGUGUGUCACUUGCAUGGGGCUCAUGCUAUGGGUGGCAUGUCUGCAUUUAUCCCAAGCCGUCGCAAUGAAGAGGUUAAUAGAAUUGCACUUGAAAAGAUCAGGCAAGACAAACAGCGCGAGGUUGAUGAUGGCUUUGAUGGAACCUGGGUUGCUCAUCCUGAUUUGGUUAAAGUUGCAAAAGAAAUCUUCAUGGAAGGUCACCAAGGUCGCUGUCAUCAAAAGCAUCGUUUACGGGAAGAUGUGAAUGUCAAAGUGGAAGARUUGACUACCAUCACUGUACCAGGAGGUACAAUCACUGAAGAUGGUGUCCGCACUAACAUUUCUGUUGCUCUCCAGUACAUUAAUUGUUGGUUAAAGGGCAUUGGAGCUGUUGCAAUUAACAAUUUGAUGGAAGAUGCAGCAACAUCAGAAAUCUCUCGAGCUCAGCUUUGGCAAUGGCUUAGACAUGGCUGUAAUGUUGAUGGUAAAACAUUUACAGCAGAAAUGUUCAAAACCCUACAUGAGGAAGAGCUAGCAAAGCUUGGUGGUCCAUCCAAUGGCCGUCUUGGUCAAGCUUCUCAGCUGUUAGAGAAGUUGGUAUUGAGUGAAGAAAUGGAGGAAUUUCUGACUAUCCCAGCAUAUGAGCUCUUGUGUAACCCAUCAGCAAAACUAUAAGUAAAUGAAUAGAACUACUAGAAAGCAUUGUUGUGUUGAAAAUUAUUGUAAUGUUAACUGGUAAAAGUGAUUCCUUGAAUAGAAGAAUCAAAUCAAGGUAGAAUUUCAAACUGUCCCUAGUACACAGCAUUGACGAUUGCAGACAAUGGAGUUCAAUUUUAUAUAUUGAGAUGUUUGAACUUUAUAUUGCAUGAUCAGUUUUUCGAUUUUAAAUCAAAAUAGUGUGAAAACUCACAAUAAUGCAGUCAAUAUUGUAAAAGUAAAUAAAACUGAAUAAAGUUGAUUACUGGUACCAA